AGCUGAUUUUCUAUUUACAACAGCAGAAUUUCAUACGAACAGCAUUCAAUUAGCAGCUUUUUUUUAAAUCGUCGAAGAAUAUAAUAUUAUUAUAGGUGUAUAAUGCUUGGUAGUCUAAAGAAGAAGCUGAGCAAUGCGAUACAGGAGGGCAUGGUUAUCUCGGAGAGCUUGCAGCAACAGUAUCGCCAACGUGUCAGUAGCAGCAGACGCGGUAGUAGCAGCCAAACAAGCAACGCAACAACACCAACUACUCCAAUUGGGACACAGGAUGCGUCUCGCUUGGGCUUGAAUGAGAACUUUUCCUCGAGCCGGAGCAGUUCACAUUUCCUUGGUGGCCAGUUGGCUGAUGGCGUGCCCACACAGCUGAAUGUGGCUGCUGGCUGCAAUCUGCUGUCCAAAUACGAGGAUGACUGGCAGCAAAUUCAUGCCGCCAACAAGGCGAAUGCGGAGCAUGCCUCAUCUGUGGCCGAACAAAUCACAGCCGUGCUGCAGCGUGCCGGCGAUCAGCGUGGUACAAUCAAUGAGGUCAAUGCGUGUCUUGCAGGCCUGCCUGCAUUGGUGACCAAGCUGAAAGAGAGCGUGGAAACUGUUCGAUCUUUGGAGCAAAUGGGCUCUCAGCUGGAAUUGGAAUUGGAGAAGCUGGAGAAUCUGUGCGAGGAAUGCGAGCUACAGGAAUUUGUACUGGAGCAGCAGUUUCAGCUGUCCAGGCACAAACAAAAGAAGCUCGACGAACUGGAGCAAUAUCGGCAGCAGAUUGCCGAGCAACAUCAGCAAAUGAUUCGAGUCCAUGAGCAGCAGUUGCGGCAGCUCCAAAAGGAACGACAAGCCGUAUUUGAUGAUGCAUUCCGUGGCGAUCUCGAGGAGUACAAGCAACGCGGGCAACUAACAAAAAUACUUACAAAAACAAACAACUUGGCUUUGGAAGAAGUCGUUUUGGAGCAGAACGAUUCGGAGGCAAAAGACGCCCUGGAACAAUUUCUGAAUGGUUAGUGAUAACAUAGAUCUUGAACAUUGCCAUUUGUGCCUUUUAUUGCAUUUGUGCAAAGAUAUUUACAAAAUGAAAUGUGCCUUUUGUUCAAAAUUAGCCCAAUAUGUAUUUUAUUUUUUGAUAAGACGUUAAUAAAUUUUACGAAACUGCGAAA